CCAGUUUCCUUACCUCUCCAUUUCACACCUUUGAGAGAGAAAAAGGAGAGAGAGAGAGAGUGAGGAUCCGCCGUCACAAUGACAACCCGUUUGAAGAAGAACCGUAAGAAGAGAGGUCACGUCUCAGCCGGACAUGGUCGUAUCGGAAAGCACAGAAAACAUCCAGGAGGAAGAGGAAACGCCGGAGGUAUGCACCACCAUAGAAUUCUCUUCGACAAAUACCAUCCUGGGUACUUUGGCAAAGUGGGUAUGCGUUAUUUUCACAAAUUACGCAACAAAUUUCAUUGCCCAACUGUCAAUCUUGACAAACUUUGGUCAAUGGUUCCUCAAGAUGUGAAAGAAAAAGCUGCCAAAGAAGGAAAAUCUCCAGUUAUUGAUGUUACUCAAUUUGGGUACUUUAAGGUUUUGGGUAAAGGUGUUUUACCUGAGAAUCAAGCAGUUGUUGUUAGGUCUAAAUUGAUUUCUAAGAUUGCUGAGAAGAAGAUUAAGGAGAAUGGCGGUGCCGUUCUUCUUACUGCUUAGUUAAAGUUUGCAUCUUAUGAUUGAACAAUUUUUUUUUUAUUAUUGAAUUUUGUUUUGGAUUUUCUCAUAUCAGAUUUUGGAGGCUAUGUUUAAUGGUAAUUUUUAUCAUUUUGGAUUUUACUUGUGA